GUGUUUGCGCUUUAUUUUUUUUGUGCGUAAUUGUGACCGGAUGUAACCAUUUGUGUGGACGGAAGACAGCAGUUAGACAAGUUAGAUGUAGUCCCUGCAGGGUUGUGGACCAGUUUUAUAUCGCUGUUUCAACCUGCGCGAUAGUUUCAUUAAACUACGGAGCUUAUUCGAGUCGGUCCGGUUCUCCCGGUCGGUUAGCUCGACCGUUAACGGUUCCGUUAGCUGUGCAGCAGCAGCUACAGGACGUCUCGUUAACUUAACACUGAAGUUAGCACUGUCGAUCAAAUAACGGACUAGCCAGUUAGCUAGCCUCGGCUCACAGCAGGCAUGAGCAAAUGAUUAACUGGAUAUGACUGCAGCUGUAAUUCGCUUUUUCUUCCGGGAGGAUCAUUUGGGUUGCAUUUUUGUUCCGCUUUGCUCGCUGUGUUGCCAGAUAGGUGUUAACUGAGCAGCGCUGUAGUAUGGCUAGCUGAGCUAAGUUACCGCUCCGAGAAAAGACUGCGUCGUGGUCGAAGCUGGCUCAGCUCGCGCAGCUUUGGCUAUUCAAAGCUCAUGUUAAUCGAGGUGAGAAAAUAGCUGUGGGUUAAUACAGCUGCUAUGGUGUCUGCGUUACCUCUGCUCCUGCCAAGUUGAACAACUGCCAGUGAGAUACCUGGUUCAGCAUGAAGGCCCUCGGAUCCAGAUUCUCCUUUUAUGCGGGUUUUGUGGUGGGAACCUUCACACUGUACCUGUUUCUGCGGCAAGUGUGGUUUGCCAAGACUUUGCCAGAUCUGCAGGCCAGCAGCUAUGGCAAACUUCAUGACCACCAGCAACAGCUUGAGGUAGACAAGAACAUAUGGAAGAAAGAGAGGUCUGCUCUUUUCAACCUGAAGCACCCUCAUCAUAGAGGUGAGGAUAGCAGUAUGGCUGACGAAUUGUACAAAAAGGUGCGCAUUCUCUGCUGGGUGAUGACUGGACCUAACAACCUGGAGAAGAAGGCUCGACAUGUGAAGUCCACAUGGAGUCGACACUGCAAUAUUGUUGUCUUCAUGAGCUCCGUGGACGACCCUGACUUCCCCACAGUAGGAUUAGGUACAAAGGAGGGUCGUGAUCAGCUGUACUGGAAAACAAUCCGGGCCUUCCAUUACGCCUAUGAACAUCAUGCCGACGAGGCAGAUUGGUUCCUCAAGGCAGAUGACGACACCUACGUAAUUGUAGACAACCUGCGAUGGGUCCUCUCCAACCACACACCCGAUGAGCCGAUUUACUUUGGCCGAAGAUUCAAGCCCUACACCAAGCAGGGUUACAUGAGUGGUGGUGCGGGUUAUGUACUGAGCAAAGAGGCUUUGCGGAGAUUUGUAGAAGGUUUUAAAAGCAAAGUGUGCACUCACACUACCUCUGUGGAGGACCUGGCAAUGGGACAAUGCAUGGAGAAAGUUGGGGUGCUGGCAGGAGACUCCAGAGACACUGAACACAGGGAGACAUUUCACCCCUUUGUCCCUGAGCAGCACCUCACCGCCAAGUUCCCAAAGAGCUUUUGGUAUUGGAGCUACUGCUACUACCCCAUCUCAGAGGGUCCAAACUGCUGCUCGGAUGUGUCGGUGUCUUUCCAUUAUGUAGAUGCUUUGGGCAUGUAUUUAUUGGAAUACUACACCUAUCACCUGCGUGCCUUUGGCUACAAAUACCGUUACCAGCCCCCCACCCCAUUAGCCUACAGUAUUGAGCAGUCGAGACCCCAGGAACCUGCAGAAGGACAAAAAGAGCAGGCUUCUCAAGAGAAAGAGCAAGGAGAGGUGAAAAGGACUGACAAGAAACAGGAUGCAGAUCCCCCUCCUGUAGCUGGUAAAGACCCUCCUGCUGCUCCAGCGGGCAAAAAACAGUAGGACUGUUGAUGUGUCAAGGGAACUGAUCAUUAGGAGGAGGAGGAAUGGUUCUUUUGAGUGUUUUUGCAUUCGUUUUGAUAAUUUCGGCUCAUAUCUCUACAAAAGGCAGAAAAACUGUUCACUUUGAUUGUACGGUUCUGCCUGUACAAGUGGUUUGAUUGAGGAUUCUUGGACAGACUGCUGACAAUGUGAACUGGAAGACUGGUUUUCAGGCUAAGGGGUGAUGUAUGGCAUUUACCCAUGUAUUUCUGUUUUGUUAAGUGGUUUUUACAUCCAAGUGUCUUCUUUAAUAGUUGGGAGCACCUCUCUGUAGGCUGUAUUCAUUUGAAAAUGAACUAAAGGGAGUAUUUUAGCUGUUUUCCAGAGCCUUUCAAGUUUGAAUCUGAAAUUGUUUGACCUAUUUACCUACUGUAGUCCCUCCAAAAACUUGAUCUAGCAGUACCAUCUCCUUGACUUGUUGGGGUUGUUGCCUUUUUUCACGCAUAGAGAACUGUGUGCCUACCGAUCAAACAUGUUUAUGUGUCUUGAGCUCAUCAGAUAAAACCCAGACUAGGACAAAUCCAUUCAAAGUUGCCAAUAUUUGUUUUGAGGUUAACCAGUUUUGGUGUCACUGUUUACUGAUGUAGGCCUGAAUUCAAAAACCUUUUAACAUUACAGGCAACUGUGACAUUAUGACGGUGUUCUAUGUAGAGCUUUUUAUUUGUUUUUAGGGGAAGUUUAGUCACAUAUUAUUUGCAUUUAGCCCUGCGAAAUUUACAUGAAGAAAGUCUUUGCUUCAAAUAUUAAUUUUUUACGGUUUUAUUUAAAAGUAUAUUUAAAUGAGGUGAGUUGCAAUUAAUAUUAUUUUAAUUACAGAUUAAGUCAUUAACAGUUAUUUCAUCCAUUAAUCAGCUGAUUACUUUGUUGUAUGGAAUUUGAGAAAAUAGUAAAAAAAUAAUUCCUGUUAUAUUUUCCUAAAAACAAGGUGAUGUGUACAGAUAGCUUCAGUUUCCAACAGUCAAAAAUGCCAACAUGAUCAGUUUAUUAUCGGAUAAGACAAGGAAGAGCGGAAAAUCCCCUGAAGUGAGAAGCUGAACCAAGAUAGUUAUUUUUUGUUAAAUACAGAACUUUAACAAUUAGGCGAUUAUCAAAAGAGUUACCAAGAAUUUUUUGGUAAAUAUUGAGUAAUAGGUUGAUCAAAAAAUCAUUUCAGCUCUGUAAAUGAGGUCGUGAAAGUGAUGGCACUUUUUUGUUAGUCGUUGUCUUGUGCUUUACAAGCAUGUUUUCCCAUCGCUGGUUAACUAGUAAUAUAAUCUAAACUUUUGGCAAAAUAAAUGUUAUUAAACUUUCACCCUUAAUUAAAUGGUAAUGCAUGGGAAAAUGCAGCCAGUUGCCAGUUAAUUAGGUACAUUUAGCUAAAACAAAUGCUGCCUAAUACUGUCAUUACAGUUGUUGAUAUGUCUAAACUGUUUUUUUUAGAGAAGUAUUGUGCACCUCUGCACAUGUGUGCAAAAGACAGAGACAUGCUGUCUGAAACUAAGAUAAAAGUAAAAUGAAAACAAACUAACAUUAUAACCUUCUCAAAGGAAGGAUUUAUUGCAGGACCAUUGUGUCGGACAGCUUUAGUUUCAGAUGUUCCUGAUCGACUGAGAAAACACAAUAGUAGACAGUAUAGAUAGUAUCGUUUUGUUUUUUUUUGUAGCCAAGCAUUGUUUGGAUGCUUUGAUUUAUCUCAAUGGUUGAUAGGAAUGUAGUGAGUUAACCACAAUGCUUUAAAUGAAAAGUCCAAAUGAUUAAAUUUCCACAAUUCAGCCAAAGAUUUCCACACCACACUGAAGACAGACAACCAUUGUUUGUGUAUUUGUAGUCUUGGGGAUAUUGCAGUGAAUCUUAGUGCUUUUCAUUUGUUUUUUUACAUGGGUAUAUGUUCAGUUGACAGCAGAUUUGUUUAACUGCUGACUAGAUAUGUCAGUUGGACAAGUUAUCUGUCUCUGUGAUCAAACUCUAUUGACGACAAACCAUCCACGGCACAUAGUUGUCUAUCUGUGCUUCCUGAAACUGGCACUGCAUACGCACACCUGACAAUGUCUCUGCAUCUUCCCCCAGUGGACUCAUUAGCUUGUGCCUUGUAAAUGGAGAUUGUAUGAGCCAUCAGCUAAACACAUGACUUUGCACUGUGACAUUACCCCGAUGAGAGUGUUGCUUUCAGAUGGAGUCUGAUCUUGUUGAAUCCUUCCAUUGUAAUGCGAAUGGCCUUUGGGCAAGCCAGUGAAUGACUUGUUCAUGGCAGGUUAUUUUUUUCUUUGAAAAAGCAAAGGGGGGCGGGGGGCAGUUGGGUGGGCCGAUGGGUGGGUCAGACCAGUUCUUUUGCAGUUAGUACAUAUUGUAUAUUUCAAAGUAUUCAUAAAGAUUCUUUUUACUAGUUUGUAACCAAACAAAGAGUUAAAUUUAUGGGAGAUACAUUUAUGACCAAAUACAGGAAUAAGUGCAGACUGAAACUGAAUGAAUUAGGCAUUUAUGUAAAAAUUGAAUGCACUUUGGAAUGAAACUGUUGCUGUUUUGCUUUUUAACCACUUAAACUUUUUUUUUUUUUUUUUUUAAUUUACUGUUAAAAACCUAUGGGGUAAUGAUGCCUAUAAAAAUACAUUUUUCUAAGUGUUUACACUCAGUUCCAUCUGUGCAUGAACACAGAGCAUGUUCAGUUUCAUUUCUUUUUUCUGGUAUUAAAAAUGAAAAAGUCCAGUUUUAACCAAAUCAGCAUGUUUUACGUAAUGGUUUCUUUUGAAGUUAAUGCACGAUUGUGCAAGUGAAUUAGAUUUUUUGCUGGGCCAGACUCAUUGUCGAUAACAGCCACAUCUGGUUCAUGAUGGGAGUGAUACAACACAUCCAGUUCUUGACAAUCUUCUCAAUAUUAAAAAUUUAUCAAAGGGAAAGGUGUACAGUGCUGUAUUUAUAUUUUAAAUGUAUUUAUGUUGGUACUGAUGUCGAAAUUGAGUCAGUACACUUUAGUGUGUAAAUGAGUUUGUCUCACUGUGUGAGCACACGUAAUCAGUGUGCAGGAUUGUUUUAGUGGAUGGUACUUUAAUCACUAUAAAUAAAUGCAUAUUUUAUUGUA